GGUUUAAAUUGAUGCGCAUUAAUUUUGAACGCCAAAAAGUUUUUUAAAUUAAUGUGAACGAAUUUCCUUUCAAAUUUGUUCAAAUUCCUUUGAAUCGCGAAAUUACUUUGCAUUAAUUCGAAAGUAUUUAAAAGUUCCAAUGGGAUCGUAAACAGUAAUUUUUAUUUCUUCACAAAAAAACCUUACCUUAUACUGAAUCAAAGGUGCAUCAAAUUAAUCAAAUCAUACAGGUAUUUGAAAACUCUUUUUUAUAGAACUGCAUCUGUGAGAGUGAGCCUUUUUAAAUUAUAUUUUCUUAUUAAGUUGUUGAGCACUCGAACCUGUGUCAAUUCUACUUAUUAACAAUCAUCACCAGUUUUUUCUUUAGCUCGACAUUCCGCUUUGAAAUCUAAUCUACAUAAAUUCCAAAGUGAGUAACUGAGUAAAGGUCAGAUUUUUUCUAAUUGCAAUUUUCCCUCUGUCCGGAAUCAAACGAUGUGAGAUUGUAGAGAAAGAUGUGGCCUACAAACUGGAAACGUAAGUUAAGUAAUAAAGGUAUGUGAUUCUAUUUUGACCGCAAUUAGUGUUUGAAGUGUAUAAUAUCUGUUCAUUAGGUUUGUUUACUUUUGGCAUCUUCACGUGGGCUCUUAGUUGAUUUGGUUCAAACGCACGUCUGAAGAAGCGAUCGCCUACAUAUGUGGCAUUAAAUUAGAUAGAAAGAAGAGCGUUAAAUUUAAGUUUCCGUUUUAUUAGACAAGAGAAUUGUACCUUCCAGAAUAGGAAAAUUAAGGCUCAUCUCCAAGAAGAAAUACGGCUUAUUUCUAAUUAGGAAAAGACUAACCUCUCAUAAUGGCUAACGAAUAGACUUUAAUGCCUCGCUCACUUUUCCUAAUUCCAGAGAGUCCCUUAGUAUUUGUCAGGGAGUUUUGUUAAGGGAAAGUGGACCAGGACAACGUUAUAACUCGCCUUUCUCUCUGAAAUGCCAAGAUGUGCGGAAAGCUUAAUGCCAAAAGAAACAAAACAAUACAAACAAAUAAACGGUAUACUCUCCUAACGAUAUGUAUAUACGUGUCUCCAAAGAACCAAACAAUAUAUCAUGUAGUGAUGACCACUGAACGAUUGUGCUAUCAACAUAAAAAUACAGCUCUACCACUCACAGGUACACAAACAUAUAACAAAAUACUUGGAAAAUUUCAACUUUUUUUUCGCUCCCCGCUCUUCAAUCUUUAGAGAGUCGCGAGUACAUGAAAUCAACGAGCAUGAAAAUAGUCAACCAUGUCAGAGAGAAAUCUAUAACGAGAUAAAACAGAGAAGAAGAAGAAGAAUCAAGCUGUGUGAUGGAAAAACGUGAAAAGGCAAAAUGAGACUAAGUUGAAUUUUAAAAAAUAAGGUAUCGAAAUAAUAGAUCUCAAAUAAAGGGGCAAAUAAAUGAUGAUGAAAAGAUGAUUCAUUCUAUUAACUGAAUCAAAGGUGCACCAAAUUAAUCAAAUCAUACAGGUAUUUGAAAACUCUUUUUUAUAGAACUGCAUCUGUGAGGGUGAGCUUUUUCAAAUUAUAUUUUCUUAUUAAGUUGUUAAGCACUCGAAGCUGUGUCAAUCUCACCGGACAUAAAUUCCAAAGUGAGUAACUGAGUAAAGAUCAGAUUUCGGGGUUCGAGCACAGUAGUAGGCCUAGUGUAGAUAAACAAAACACAAAAGAGAUUUUAAAAUUACUUCACAGCAAAAAAGAUUAUCCUCUUUUUACAGGUAAGAAAAUGAACGUUACCCAUAUAUAUGCAGACCGGAAAAACUAAAAAACUUAAAUUUUAAAUGUUCAAAAGUAUUUUUAUUCAAAACUGAGGUGAUAUUCGGAAUCUACCGAAUAAUCUGCAUCGAACAAUAUAUAAUUUGAUGCGUUUUGAAAAGGAAGUCUUUCAUCUAAUGUUUAGUAAAAACUGGAGUUGAUGGUGGCGCCUCACUAAUUAUUUGUAAAUUAUUGAUAAAAAUUGGUGCGAGGGCAACUCUAAACUUUGCCGAGGAUAAUUUUUGGGCGUGUAGAGCUAGGAGAAAUAGCGGACUCCUAGAGUCCAAAGAGACACAUUCCUUUUAUCCUAGUUAUAUCAUGCUGAAACAGGAAAACAAAUAUUUAUGUGAAAAAUAAGCAUGUAAAUAAAAUGAAAUUUCUGGUGAUUUUUACAAAGUGGAUUUUUAAUGUUGGUAAAAAUAACCUUGAAAAAUACCUAUUAAAAGUAAAAUAAAACCAGUCUACAUAAACCAAAGAAAUUCAAAACGAAAGAAUAAUAAUGGGUUUUUCUCCAAAAAGAAAGAUCUAUUUAUUUUGUAGAAUAACAUUCUAAAUAAAUAAUUGUGAAAUAAUCUUAGACAACAUUUUUUGUUUCUUCACAAAAAAAAGCGACCUUACCUUAUACCGAAUCACAUACAGGUAUUUGAAAACUCUUUUUUAUAGAACUGCAUCUGUGAGGGUGAACCUUUUUAAAUUAUAUUUUCUUAUUAAGUUGUUAAGCACUCGAAGCUGUGCCAAUUCUACUUAUUAACAAUCAUCACCAGUUUUUUCUUUAGCUCGACAUUUCGCUUUGAAAUCUCACCGGACAUAAAUUCCAAAGUGAGUUAAAAAAUUAAAAAACUUAAAUUUUAAAUGUUCAAAAGCAUUUUUAUUCAAAACUGAGGUGAUAUUCGGAAUCUAUCGAACAAUCUGCAUCGAACAAUAUAUAAUUUGAUGCGUUUUGAAAAGGAAGUCUUUCAUCUAAUGUUUAGGCAAAAACUGGAGUUGACGGUGGCGCCUCACUAAUUAUUUGUAAAGUUAUUGAUAAAAAUCGGUGCGAGGGGAACUCCAAACUUUGUCGAGGAUAAUUUUUGGGCGUGCAGAGCUAGGAGAAAUAGCGGACUCCUAGAGUCCAAAGAGUCCACAGGAGUCGAAGGUAGGUAUGUGACAGCUCAUUUCAGUUCAAAUGAACUGAGCUGGUCGACCAGUUCAUUGAGCUGUGAACUGUUAUAAGUUGGUCCCAAAAGCGGAGCAAAAGUGGUGUGGUUAUGAGAACGACUCCCAAAAAACGAACAAAAGUGGCCGUUUUGUGGGAAGUGCUUCCCAAAAAAGAACACUUUUGCUCUUGGACUCCUGGACUUCCAUGCGAGUCCAUAGGAGUCCAGGAGUCCACUAUUUCUCCCUUGGUGAACCACUUUCUAUUCGAUAGUUUAACGUUAAUUCAAGUUGUUCUAUUUCUUUUUCUAAUUUAUAACCUUUAAUUUUUUACGGCCUCUCUUAAAUUUCAUCCGAUCAAGUUAAAAAUUUUACCAGAGGUGCUCAAGGUCAUAUUCCAGAGGUAGUGUUUGGGAAAUUUUUUAAGUUCUUCCCUGGUCCAGUUAUAGGAAUAAUACUGAAAAACGUCUCAAAAAUCAGGUUGUUCACUCAUAGAAACCCUAUAACUCGGUAACGAAAAGUCCAAAAUAUACCUCUGUAAUAGUGUCUUGAGUAUCUCUGGUAAAAAAAAGAAAAAAUCUGGAAAAAAAUCUCUGGAAAAAUUUUGAAUGUACAGAAAAUGAGAGAAAUGUUUAUGAAACAAAAAAAUUGAGUUGUUUUAGGCAUUUAAGAAAAAACUUCAAGUAUCCAUAACUUUUUGCAGAAAGGUCGUGGAAUAUUGAGAGUGGUCACACUUUCCUCUACAUUGAACUACGAUCAGCUCAAAAUACGAAAUUUUUUCAAAAAAGAGAGGAGCGGGGAGAUCCCCUUAAAAAAUGAUCCUCUUAAAAAUGAUGUCCUUUUUAGAAAGAAAGAAGUUUACCGCAGUUUUCUCUGACGAUGUAUUUUAGAAUUCGACAAUAUGUACACCAUUGGAUAGAGCAAGUUUUUCUGCAUAAGCUCAUUUAUACUCUAUUUUGGAGUCAAAAAUCAAUUAUUUUAAUUUUUGAAAUUUAUGUUUGCCUUUAAAUCAAGAAUAAAUAUCUAUAUACACUUACAAACAUAUGUAUGAGUUAAUACAUCAAGAAAUAUUUGUGAAGUCAUGACAAGUACUUGAUGUGUUUCAAGUUUAUUAUCCCAUUUAGAUUAAUUCCAUACCAUGAUAUCCAGUUCACCAUAAUACUUUCCUACACAUUCCGGUAUGCAUAGAAAUAUAGUCACCUUGUUGAUGAACAAGUGCCACUAAAAAAGCAAACAAACAAACGUCGCGAGAAGAGAGUCGAUGACAUAGAACAUCGGCUUUAGUAAAAUAUAUUUCAUGUAUACCGUAUAAAUUGAAUUCUAAUGAGAGUAUACAAAUGUCAUUUGAGAUAUAAACUAAAAUCAUAAAAUUUUCAAUAUUAAUAUAUAGUCGAAUACUUCUUAUUUCCAGAUUUUAAAUCAAAUAUCAUUAGAAAUUAAAACACAUCUUUCAGAAUAUCGUAGUGAACGAGAUGAACAAGAGAAUCAAUUAACUGAAUUAAUGUUAUUUACAGAUUAUCGACAUACAAAUAUGAUCAAUUAUAGUGAACAAUCGGUACGUUACAUGCAAAUAUGUCAAUCACAAUCUAUAACUGUACAAAAAUUAAAACGUAACGGAAUGUAA